AUGACGCCAUCAGUGCGAGACUAUGCUGGACCCAACAGAGGUGUCGAUAUCCGACACAGAGACAAGAGACACGCAAGGUCGCGCCGCACGGAGCCCAAGAUCCAGGAACUCUACCUGCGCCUGGUGCUGUAGCCGUUUUCGCUGGCUCGCCGCACAACUCCCGACUUCAACAAGGUCGUCCUGAAACGCCUCUUCAUGAGCCGCACCAACCGCCCGCCGCUCGCCCUCUCCCGCAUGAUCCGCAAGAUGAAGCUCCCGGGCCGGGAUAACAAGACGGCCGUGGUGGUGGGAACCGUCACCGACGACAUCCGCAUUCACGACAUCCCCAAGCUGAAGGUCUGUGCCCUGCGGGUCACCAAAGGAGCCCGCAGUCGCAUCCUGAAGGCAGGGGGUCAGAUCAUGACCUUUGACCAGCUGGCCAUGGCAGCCCCCAAGGGCCAGGGCACCGUGCUGCUCUCCGGGCCCAGGAAGGGACGGCAGGUGUACCGGCACUUCGGCAAGGCCCCUGGCACCCCCCACAGUCACACCAAGUGAGUGCAAACCCCCUCCUGCCCCCGCUCUGGGUC